UAACUACCUAUAAAAUACAAUAAGAGGUAGGUACGAUAGGUAAUACCUUAGGUAUAUUUUAGGUAGGUAGCUGACUUAUAAGUCAACCGGUCCUUCUCCAAUCUUCACCUUUACCUUUACCUUCACCUUCACCAAAUCAAAUCAAAAGGGGGGGAAAUCGGUAUUAUAGAAACCAUAUCACAGGUACCAAGUUGUCGUCAACCACCCACCAUGACUUCAACUACCCCCGACAACCCCGUCGGCCUGCUAGACCUCCCGGCGGACAUCCUCGUCAUGCGCCCCGAUUUCCUGCACAACAUCGAGGACUACCUAAACCUGUCCGCGACGUGCGGCGCCCUGAGGAAGUGCCUGGAUGCACCGUCCCGCACCGUCCUGCGCCUGGCGCGAGUCCUUCGAUCAAGGCCCCGGGCGCCCGCCGGACGCCGACUACCGUUUCUACAAGAAGCUUCUGCUGGUGAACGUGGUGCACUGCACUGCCAGGGGCUGGAGGGCCUGGGGAUGAUGAUGAACGGGAACGAGAUUGCGGAGCGCUUCAAGCCCCGCAUCCGGGAGCGGAGGGAGGGACAAGAUCGAGCGCGGGGAGGAAAUACAGUACCUGCGCCGAUCAGCAUGGGCGAUUGGGAGACGCACGAGUAUCCGAACCUAUGGGGAGACAUUCAAGUAUGUUUUGAGGGGUAUUACAUGAGGGCUUGAGUACCUCCCACGGUACACAGUACCUAAAGUAUAAGAAAAUUGUCUGGUAAUAAGAAAAGGUGAGCCAUAAUCUAUAUACCUCGGGUACCUAUAGCCUUAAGUAGUACCAAUACUAUAAAAAUAUAGAACCUGAGAUACCAAUAUAAAAACCUUAUACUCAAAAUCCCAGGCCAUAACAUGGAAAUCUAUUGAAAUACAACACAUCCCAUAUCAUGAAUGCCAUCAAGGAAUAUACCUAACCACCAGCACCGCACACUCCAGCUGAACAUGUCCAAAACAUAGAAUACCAACUUUUCUAAGGAAUACAAUACUCACCACAUCCAUUUUCACUAGGUAAUAACAUACA